AUGAACAACAAGGACAGAGAAGGUAUAAAAUUGAAACACGCCAAAGAAGAAAGAAAGUCUAAACAACAAAUAGCUCAUUCUCGAAAAAGGAAACCUGUUCCCUAAGAAGAGCAUCGGCUUUUUCGUUUUCAGGGGGAACGCGGUCGACGAAGAGUCCCCAAGCUCGAUCACCGGGUCGCCGACAGUGGCCACGUCGUCCCCGGUGGACACCUCGCUGGACAUUCCUCUGGAUGCAUCCGAAAACAUCGAUCAACCACUGCCCCCCAGCACCGCGACUGACUCCUCCACCCAGAAAUCCGAACCAAAAGCAAACAUUAGGCCCCGACAUCCUGGAACAGAACGGCACUCUCAAUCUCCGAACAUCCUGAACAAAUCCACCAACUCUCCGGUACAACGAUUCGAAUCGACACCGAUCGACAGAUCGCCGGUUCUAUUAAAAAAAUCAAGUCCAGACAGAUCGUUCGAGGUACGAAGAUUCUCCGACUUGGAGAGCAAAGUGACCAUCAAGCUACCGUCGGAAGAGACGUCGAAAGAUGUGAAAAGUCCCGAAGAGUCCAUCAGAGUUCCAUCCAGUCCCGAGGACACUUGCGACCGUGAAAUCGUCGAGGUUAGAAAGGACAGUGCUCUGUUCCUGGAGGAGGCACAAGGUCUACCAGCUCUCCGCGAGAAUCUUAAAUCCCGAGGUCCAAGGAUCGUCAGCCCUAGGCGAGGGAGCAGCGGGUACGAGAGCAACUUCGGUACAUUCGACGAGGACAGAAGGAACUCGUCGUCUGUCGACGUUCUACAGGACUCGUCGUUUCCGAAAGAGAGACGCAGGUCCUCCGCUGGUCUCAAACGGUUGAACUCGAGAGUGGUGCUGGGCAGAGCCGAGGGGAGUCUAACCGAGGACGUAGAAGUCGAAAGGAUGCCCACUACGAAGGUUCGCAGGGAAGUGUCCGGAGCUGGACUCGAGAUGCCAAACAUUGAAGAGGUUAAAGAGGUUCUUAGAGACGAUGCUCCAUGUACCAAACAAGUGAAAGAUCUACAUUUCCCUCCGAAAGGCACGUCGGAGAUAGCUAUUGAGUACCAAGACUCGUCUGGUCUUCUUGAAGCUUCUCUCAGUGACUCGAUCAACCGUCUCUCGUUAUCUCCAGCUUCGAGGAGUCCGACUCAACUAGCUCCACGCUCUACGACACCAGUGUUCCUGGAGUCAAGUUCAAGAAACUUCGCCAACAAAUCCUGCGACGUGGCUGCGACGAUGGAUUCGACAAGAUCUCUGAACACGUCGUCGAGCGUAUCCACGUUAAAGAACAGUGCGUCCAGCGAUAUUCACACGCUGACUUCGGACAAAACUGCUGACGAUCCGAACGCAAGAGAGAAGAUUUCAUCUGGAGAGGCUGGCACGAGCCAGGGGAGUCAAACCGUGUCGGUCAGACCUAUUUAUCCGUAUUGUCCUUGUUCGCCGUACGGGAGCCCUCAGGGGAGUCCUAGGAACAGGAGGAAACCUCUGAGAGAGAGCAGAAGAGUUUCCAUCGACAACAAGGAGGGAGCUCUUCAGCUGAAUCAGUAUAAAUUGUUGGACAACAUUGGUCAGGGCUCAUACGGGAUCGUGAAACUUGUUUACAACGAAGAAGACGAAACCCACUACGCGAUGAAGAUUCUCAGUAAGAAGAAGCUGAUGAAGAAAGCAGGUGUCUUCGGUAGAAUGAUCCCGGGGAAAAAGGGAUCGGCUAACCCUUUGGCCAAGGUCUACAGAGAGAUUGCCUUGUUGAAGAAACUGGAUCAUCCGAACGUCGUGAAGCUAGUGGAAGUUCUCGACGAUCCAGACGAGGACAACCUUUACCUUGUCUUCGAAUUGAUUCAAAGGGGCGAGAUACUACAGGUGCCCACUGACAAACCACUCGACGAGGAAACUACCAGGAAGAAUUUCCGCGACAUCGUGAUGGGCGUAGAAUAC